AUGGGUGACCGAGCAGAUGGUGCGGAAGCGUUCGAUGAUGCGGUCGAGGAGCGCGUCAUUAAUGAGGAGUACAAAAUCUGGAAGAAAAAUACUCCAUUCCUGUACGAUUUGGUCAUGACACACGCGCUCGAAUGGCCCUCACUAACCGCCCAAUGGCUGCCGGAUGUGACGAAACCGGAGGGGAAGGAUUACUCGGUGCACCGGCUCAUUCUGGGUACGCACACAUCGGACGAGCAGAACCAUCUACUGAUCGCGAGUGUUCAGUUGCCGAACGAGGACGCACAGUUCGAUACGGGGCACUACGAUAACGAGAAGGGCGAGUUUGGUGGGUUCGGUUCGGUGUCGGGAAAGAUCGAAAUCGAGAUAAAAAUCAACCACGAAGGUGAAGUUAAUCGUGCCCGGUACAUGCCACAGAAUCCGUGUGUGAUUGCCACGAAAACUCCGUCGAGCGAUGUGCUCGUGUUUGAUUACACGAAGCAUCCGAGCAAACCAGAACCGAGCGGCGAAUGUCAUCCGGAUCUGCGGCUGCGUGGUCACCAGAAGGAGGGUUACGGGUUGUCGUGGAACCCGAACCUGAACGGGUAUUUGCUGUCGGCCAGUGAUGAUCAUACCAUCUGCCUGUGGGACAUUAACGCCACACCGAAAGAGCAUCGGUUGAUCGAUGCGAAGAAUAUCUUUACCGGACAUACAGCGGUGGUGGAGGAUGUCGCUUGGCAUUUGUUGCAUGAAUCACUGUUCGGGUCGGUGGCCGAUGAUCAGAAGCUGAUGAUAUGGGAUACGCGCUGCAACAACACCUCGAAACCGUCUCACACGGUUGACGCUCAUACGGCCGAAGUGAACUGUCUCAGCUUCAAUCCCUAUUCCGAGUUUAUACUGGCAACCGGAUCUGCCGACAAGACGGUUGCGCUGUGGGAUUUGCGCAAUCUGAAGCUGAAGUUACACUCGUUUGAAUCGCAUAGAGAUGAAAUUUUCCAGGUCCAAUGGUCACCGCACAAUGAAACCAUUCUCGCUUCGUCCGGCACGGAUCGCCGGCUCCACGUCUGGGACCUGUCGAAGAUCGGCGAGGAACAGAGUGCGGAAGAUGCGGAAGACGGACCGCCGGAAUUGUUGUUCAUCCACGGUGGCCACACGGCAAAGAUAUCCGACUUCUCGUGGAAUCCGAACGAACCGUGGGUUAUUUGUUCGGUGUCGGAAGAUAACAUUAUGCAGGUGUGGCAAAUGGCGGAAAACAUGUACAACGAUGAGGAUCCGGAUGUGCCGGCGAGCGAAAUCGAGGGUGGUGCACCGUGA